CUGGCUGAUGGAGAACGAGUGUGUGGAGGUGGAGGUGAACAUGUCUGUAGAGGACGGGGCCACCAUAGUCCCACAGCAGGUGAAGGAGGAAGAGAACACAGACCCUUUCAAGUUGUGUCCACAGGUGGAGGGAACAAAAACCCCACAGAUUCUACAUGUAGGGAGUAUCGGGGAGUUAGAGACUGCAGCAUCUCCGCACCUUAUAAAAAGGGAACCAGAGGAGGGGACGCAGCAGCGUUGGGAGGCCCAGUGGCAGGAGUUCCUGGGAACACUACAGGCCCCUCACUCGGAAGGGGGUAACACACAGAUGUGUGAGGAGCCAACACUGUGGGAAGAUGCGAAAGCUUUUCUGGCCUCCUUUGAGCAAGUUGCGUUAACAUGCCGCUGGCCUCGAGACAAGUGGGUGACCCUCCUUCUGCCAGCCCUCGGCAGAGAGGCCAGAGAGGCCUUCAGCAGCCUCACGGCCCGAGACAGAGGGGAUUAUGGGAAGGUGAAGGUGGCCAUCUUGCAAAGAGAGGCCGUCGUGAGAGAGAGGCAGCGUCAGCACUUCAGGCAGUUCUGCUACCAAGAAGCAGAGGGGCCGAGAGCGGUUUAUGGGCAACUCCAGGAACUUUGCUGUCAGUGGCUGAAAGCAGAAAGGCACUCGAAGGAGGAGAUCUUGGAGCUGCUGAUCCUGGAGCAGUUCCUGACCGUCCUGCCCCAAGACAUGCAGAGCUGGGUCCGAAAACGUGAUCCAGAGACCUGCAUCCAGGCAGUGGCCCUGGCGGAAGAUUUCCUCAUGGAGAAGAAUGAGGCCAUGAGACCAAAAGAUCAGAUGCCAGAACCGUUGCCUGAAGCGGCCGUCAUUCCUUCCGAGGGGAACAAGAAUCCACCACCAGAUACUUGGAACCUUGUGGAUGUCAAGCAGGAGUGGGAAGGAGAAGAGUGGUCGCUGGGCGUUGGGCCCAUGCGUGUCAUCCAAGUGGACAAUCUUCAUCAGGGUGAACCCCAGCAAGGAACGCCAGAGGGAAUCUCACUGGGAAGUGGCCACACAUUUCAGUAUUGCAGAGAAGAGACAAGGGUUGGGAGUAAGACAAGAACAGAUAGGAAGCAGAGAACCAAACCGGGAAAGAAAAUGGAUGGACCUGUUACUAAGGGUGAUCAGAAAGAAACGGAACUUGUCGAAAACACCCAUCGCUGUGUCUGCGGGGAGAGCUUCAGAAGCAUUGUAGAUCUUCAAGCACAUGAGAGAACACACUCUGGAGAGAAAGCAGAGAAGUAUUCAGAACGUAGGAAAAGAGUUAGUGGUGCUGGUGAACUGAGGGGCCCUGAACGAAGUAGCACUGGAGAAAAACCGUUCCAGUGUUCGAUGUGUCAGAAAAGUUUUGCCAGUAGCUCCAACCUGACUGCACAUGAGAGAAUUCACACCGGAGAGAAACCUUUCAAGUGUUUAAAAUGCGGGAAAAUUUUCCGUCAAAAGGGAACCCUGUCGACACAUGAAAAAAUUCACAUCGGAGAGAAGCCAUAUAAGUAUAAGCCAUUUCAGUGCUCAAUGUGUGAGAAGAGUUUUACAAGCGGCUCUAACCUGAUUGCGCAUGAAAGAAUUCACACGGGAGAGAAACCCUAUACAUGUUCGAAAUGUGGGAAAACUUUCCGUCAGAAGGGGACCCUUUCCACUCAUGAAAAAAUUCACAUCGGAUACAAACCAUACAAGUGUUCCCAGUGUGGGAAAGGUUUCCGUAGCUCUACUGAACUCACUGUUCAUGAAAGGAUCCAUACUGGAGAGAAACCAUAUAAAUGCUCGGUGUGUCAAAAAAGCUUCAGUGACGGCUCCAAUCUCAUUACGCACCAACGGAUUCACACAGGGAAGAAACCAUAUAAGUGUGCACUGUGUGGGAAAUGUUUCUGCCAGAGGUCAGGCCUCAUGACGCAUGAGCGCGUUCACACGGGACAAAAAAGGCGCUCAGCCAGUCGGAAGGGUUCUUCUGUUGGCUCCAGUGUCGUCUCGCCUCAGAAUACAAACCCCAGAGGGGAAUCAAGUACAAGCUCUGAUUGUGGGGAAACUUCGGUCAGCACUCAAAAUGCAGGGCACAUGACAAUUGAGGUAUCAUAUAACCUAGAAGAGCAGCCAUAUGCAGAUGUAGGACAGGGCUCGUUUGAGGUUGUUGCGGUCUGUCAGCUGAGGGAAUCUAAGAUGGAGGAAAGCCAACCCCACUGUUGA